UCUCUCCCUCUCUCUUUUUCUGUCUUUCUCUCCUCUCUCUCUCUCUCUCCCUCUCUCCCUCUCUCUGUCUCUCUCUCUUUUUCUGUAUCUCUCCCUCUCCCUCUCCCUCUCUCUCUCCCUCUCUCUCUCUCACUAGAUUAAUAAUGGUCCGUGUGUUCCUGAUAGAGCCUGUGGUUGGUGUCUAUGCCUUCUCCAUGUUCAUGCUGUACCCCCUGAUCCAGCAGUAUGUCUACAGGAGGCUGUGGCAGCAGCUCACCGGCGCCCCCUACCCUACACAGAUGAACUACACCCACUGCUCUGACAGCAGCACCAACGUCAGCUCCAUUCACCAGAAGAUCCAGAAGGAGGCAUCUCUGUUCCUCUUCUACAGUGAGCUAUGUUUCCUCUUCCCCAGUCUCCUCUCCUCCCUUCUCCUGGUCUCCUACAGCGACCACCGCGGCAGGAAGGUAGCUCUCGUCCCCCCACUGUUGGGUGAGCUGUUAUUUGCUCUGUGCUAUGCAACCGUGUCUCACUUCUCCCUCAGCCUGGGUUACCUGCUAGGGGCCUCGUUCCUGGCUGGGGUAAUGGGGGGCCCCACUGCUCUACUGGGGGGAAGUUUUGCCUAUAUAGCUGACCUAUGUGAGGGUGAGGGGGUGGAGGGGGGUGGGGGUCGGGUUAACUAUUUGUGUGAGGAAGGAGGUGGGAAUGGGGGAAGUUACCAAUGUGAGGGAAGUGGGGGUAGGGGAGGAGAUGACUGUAGAGAUCGGGGUACGAGUGGGGGGAGUGGAGAGGGAGAACAAAGGAGAGAUGGAGAGGGAGACAGAGGGAAAGAUGGAGGCAGAGACAGUGAGAGAGAUGGAGAGAGAGACAGAGAGAGAGAUGGAGAGAGAGAUGGAGAGAGCGAUAGACAGGGAGACAGAGGGAGAGACGGAGGGAGUAGAGAGAGAGACUGGGGUAAGGGUGGGGGUCGUACGGUGCGUAUGGCAGCCUUGGAGAUGUUGCUAGGUGUGUUGUCAGGGCUAGCCUCUCUGUGUACUGGGUUCUACAUUCAGACGGCAGGGUUCACCUGGCCGUUCAUCACGGCAGCCGUACUACACCUGAUCAACCUGGUAUACACAGCGUGGGUACUGCAGGAGACUGUGGAGAAACCUUCGCACACAGACUCAUCUUCAUCACCAUCAUCAUCAUCACCGACACCUUUUGGGUCAGGCUCAACCCGCUUUCUCCAACGAGAAGCCCUGAUUGGUCGGUUUCAGGGUGUGUUUCUGUUAUUCACCGCGUCACCAAGGAGGAGGAAAACUGUCCUGGGACUGAUACUGGCAGCCUUCGCUUUCUAUACGGUGUCUAAGCUGGGUGGUAUGUCCAUCUUCAUCCUGUAUGAGCUGAAUGCUCCUCUGUGUUGGAGUGAGGUGUUGGUGGGUUAUGGUUCAGCCUUGUCUACACUCAUCUACCUGGGGAGCUUUGCAGGGGUGUCCCUGCUGUCACGCUGUCUUCGGGACGGGUAUAUAGUACUACUGGGGCUGCUGUCUGUCGCUGCGGGACUACUGAUGGCUGCCUUCGCCAAGAGCACACUGCUCAUGUUCCUAGUGCGGAUGCCUCUCCUUCUCUCCAUCAUGCCUGCUCCUGUUCUGAGGUCUAUGAUGUCCAAGAUAGUACUCCGCUCUGAACAAGGUGCAGUGUUUGCGUGUGUAGCGUUCGUGGAGAUGCUGAGUGUUGGUGUUGGGAUCACCGUGUUCAGCAGUACCUAUGCCUCCACUGUCUCCUGGUUCCCUGGAUUCAGCUUCCUGCUGGCUUCAGCCAUCGCACUCAUACCGGCUGUUCUGAUUGGGGUGGUAAUGUGUCUGCGUCUGGACAAGGAUGAAGAGGCCAGUCGACUAACAGCUGAUGAUGAAGAGGAGGAGACAGAGAGCUGUGGACAGUCACUACAGCUACCACACUGAGCUACCACACUGAGCUACCACACUGUGUGAGCUACCACCCUGAGCUACCACACUGAGCUACCACACUGUGUGAGCUACCACACUGAGCUACCACCCUGUGCUACCACACUGAGCUACCACCCUGUGCUACCACACUGAGCUACCACACUGAGCUACCACACUGAGCUACCACACUGUGUGAGCUACCACACUGAGCUACCAUAUUGUGUGAGCUACCACACUGAGCUACCAUAUUGUGUGAGCUACCACACUGAGCUACCACACUCUGUGAGCUACCACCCUGAGCUACCACCUUGCGCUACCACACUGAGCUACCACACUGUGUGAGCUACCACCCUGAGCUACCACACUGAGCUACCACACUGUGUGAGCUACCACCCUGAGCUACCACCCUGAGCUACCACACUGAGCUACCACACUGAGCUACCACAUUGAGCUACCACACUGUGUGAGCUACCACCCUGAGCUACCACACUGAGCUACCACCCUGAGCUACCACACUGAGCUACCACACUGAGCUACCACACUGUGUGAGCUACCACCCUGAGCUACCACACUGAGCUACCACACUGAGCUACCACACUGUGUGAGCUACCACCCUGAGCUACCACACUAUGCUACCACACUGAGCUACCACACUGUGUGAGCUACCACCCUGAGCUACCACACUAUUCUACCACACUGAACUACCACACUGUGUGAGCUACCACACUGAGCUACCACACUGAGCUACCACACUGAACUACCACACUGUGUGAGCUACCACACUGAGCUACCAUAUUGUGUGAGCUACCACACUGAGCUACCACACUGAGCUACCACACUGUGUGAGCUGACCCCUUUGUAGCUUAAUGAUUGAUGACAUAAAAAACACCCAUCUGCUGGGUCAACCCAGCGUGAAAGUGAAUAAAAACCCUUCUGUGAAA